AUGACUGUUAUCUUUACUGUUGAUUCUUUUACACAUGAAUUAUUCAAAGGAAAUCCAGCUGGAGUUUGCACUUCAUUUCAAGAUGUACCGAGCUCACCAAAACUGGAUAAACUUUUUCAAAACAUCGCCACUGAAAUGAAUAUAUCCGAAACGGCAUUUAUUACCAAAGCGAAUGAUUCAUCUUCAACUGGUCGUUAUUUUCUUCAAUGGUUUACUCCUACGAAUGAGGUCGAUCUGUGCGGUCAUGCAACAUUAGCCACUGCUCACAUUCUGUUUGAACAAUUUCUUCAAAGCUCAUCGGUCGAUGAACUAAUCUUUGAAACGAAAAAAGUCGGCGAAUUAAAAGUGAAAAAAUGCGAUCAAGAAGGUCGCUUACAAAUGGACUUUCCUCAAGGCGAACCUCAACCCAUUGAACUUAAUGCUAAGAUUAUAGAUGAAAUUAAAUCUAAACUGAAUGUAACACAACGAGUACUAGCUACGCAAUUAUGUAGACGAACAAAAAAACUCCUGAUUGAGUUAUCUGCUCUCAAUGAUGAUAUUAAACCCCAGGAAAGUCUAACGGAAAUUCGAUUUGAUCCAUCGAUACAACCAUUUAUACGCGGUAUCAUUCUAACGAGUAACUCAACGAACACGACCGAAGAUUUCGUAUCGCGGUAUUUUGCUCCAUGGAAUGGUAUUCUCGAAGAUCCGGUCACGGGCAGUGCGCAUACUGUUCUGGCUGUUUAUUGGUCUCAACUGCUGAACAAAUCGCUUCUUCGUGGUUAUCAAAAAAGUGAUCGCGGUGGACAUGUUGAAUGUGAAUUGGAUCAACAGAAUAAACGUGUUUGGUUACGUGGACAUGCAAUCACGGUAUUGCAAGGUCAAAUGAACAUUUCACGAGAUAGUUUUUCGUACGACAAAACUAUGUGA